AUGGGUGCUGUUUGUGGCUGUCUGAGGGAUGAAUGGGAAGAUUACGUCAAUCCGAACAGCUCCAUUAAUAGGAAUUGUAUAUGCCUUCAAUGCUUCAUGCAGAGUUUGGUUCACACGUAUGCGUCACUCUUUCACAGAGGAGAAGAGCAAGCCCUGCCUUCCUCCAGUCAGGGGACAACAUCAUUAACCUCUGUGCAAUCGACUGAUAACUCCAUAGGUGAUAUGUAUCGUUCACCUCCACUACCUCUGCCUUACGAUGCAGACCAAAGGUACUUCCGUUUGGCGCAUGAUGGGAUGGUUGGCAGAAGGGAUAAAGGGUCAAGUCAUUUGAAUGAGGAAACGGAGCCGCUGAGACUGGAAGAACCUCAUGAAGAAUCCGAACCCAUGAGUGCCAAGGGCAAGUGGAAUGACUUUUCAUGUGAUGAUUAUUCUAAAAAAUAUAAUUCGAAAUUGUCGGUUAAGGGACCGAGGGCAGAGCCAACCACGGGUUUUGCUCAUAUUAAUGCUGCUUCAGAGGAUGAGGAUGUCUGCCCCACGUGUCUCGAAGAGUAUACCACAGAGAACCCAAAGAUUAUAACAAAGUGUUCUCACCAUUUCCAUCUCGGUUGUAUAUAUGAGUGGAUGGAAAGAAGUGAUAACUGCCCAGUCUGCGGCAAGGUGAUGGCAUUCGAUGAGACGACUUGA